AAAAUUGAUUCACUCAGCACCUAUCCAUAUAUUUUGAUAGAUUUCGACCGGUAUUGACAAAGUUGUAUGCGGAGCACAACAGCUCAAGCCCAACAGCCUAAGGAUGCCCACCAGUCAGGGGUCCAUGGACCGGCACAGUGGGAACGAGAUGGUCAACAUGGAUGGGGGCAGCGAUAGCAACAGACCACCUCAAGGAGGCAGCACCAUGAUGAGUCGUUCGAGCCGGAAGACGAGCACGAAGAAGAGUGUGCGAACGGGAUUUAAGGAACGACCCGAUAAACUGGGCGCCGACAAUACGCUGCAGAUCAAAACUGGCGCAUCGUUAAUACCGGACUUGAACCUGAUUAUCAAUCGUAUGCGCAACAUGAAGGACGAUAGCUAUGUGUAUCUGGACUAUAUGCUGCCCAAGGACAGCGAAUUCUUUACACCCUACAGUCUGCGUGAAAUUCAAUUCGCUCAGCUGAAUAUUCAUAAGCCAUAUUACACGGUCACACGGCAUGGCGUUACCUAUUGGCGGGUGUCCGAGAACUUUUUCACACCUCUCAAUCAGUGGCAGCAGGAAUUCCAGCAGUUCCUCAGCAUCAUACAGAUACGAACGUUCUCCAUCUUUCGGCUAUGGAAGGGCUUCAAGGUGUGGGAGAUGACCAUCAAGUGGCGCAAAUUGAAUGCAGCUCGCAAUCAUCUGCAGAACAAUCUCUUCAUUGUGAUACCGCAAUUGGCCAAGGCGAUAUUGCGUAUGCGCUCCGAUAUCGUUGUCCUGGAACGUCUGAGCUUUGUGAAUAUCGAGAACAUUGAGGAAUGGCAUCCGUUUUAUUUCCUUGAGUUGCAUAUGCGCAUUUACGAGCAGCUCAAUUUUGUCUUUCACGAAUUCCGCUCCUAUGUGGGCAGAGCUCUAUAUCGUUCGUGCACGGAAGCUAUUAUGGCACGUGGCUUCUAUCCCGAUGAUGAGAUCAAUUACUAUCCGUCGGUUAAGAAAAUGCGGGAGGCGCACAGUUUUAUGGAUCGUGCGCGCAAACGUGCCUUCUGCAAAACCCUCACUAACUUUUUGAGCUACUGCGACAUGAUGCUCUACCAGGCGCUCUAUCGCGUCACCAUUCAGAGCUACGAGGAUCUCAAUCAUGCGUUUAACGAGCAUCAUAUUGUUGCACCAACAGAGGCGGAAAUCAACCGUCACGAUCGUUUGGAUGCCAAAGUAGAGAAGACACGCCCAUCGAAUGCACCGCAGUCACCAUUUUUCCUUGCCUCUUUGCGUCUGCUGCCCGAUCGCAUUGAAGUUGAGCCGCUGGAGGAUGUACUCAAAUUAAUUUUUCAGCGCAUCACUGGCUUGAUACUGGAGACUGUGCUCGAUAUUCCAGCCUUUACUACAGAUGCGGAGUACACGCAGUUCACUCAACCUUCGAUCAUGGGACGUCAGGAAGAGUGCUUGUAUCAAAGUGCACCUGAUUUGACUUUUCUGCUAAAACAGGAUGCCUCCUUCAAUUUCAAUAGAAAGAACAUCUUUGUCCUGCUGCAUAGCGCCUACGAGAUGGCGCAUUUGUAUACGGCACGUUUUCGAGCCAUUCGCGAGAACUACGAGAUUGAUGCGACAACAGACCCUGAAGAUCUCAGCACCGAGAGAGACCUCACUGCCUUGCGGAACUACUGCGAUCGCUACUGCAAUAAUUUGCGUGCCUUGGACGGUAUUCUUGAUCACGUUUUCCUUGGGCUUUUAAAGCUGGGUCAGAGCGGUUUUAAAGAUGCAGUUACGCCGGUGUGUCAGCGCUUGCAGAAUGUGUUGGCCAUCUAUCUGCCACAGCUGGCCGAGGAGGAGACUACCAAGUUGUAUGAGGACGCGCAGGAUUUCUAUGGACGCAUCGGUUAUGAGCCCACAGCGACACUUCCGUUGGUUGAGCACAUACGAUUCCUGGACAACUGUCACGAGGAGCUGGAUGAGCUAUUCAAGACAGUCGACUAUGUUCACGAUCUGUUGCUAAUCAUCAAGGACUUUAACAUACCCAUCGACGAUGAACGCAAAGAGGAUUACAUGGAUACAGAGGACUAUCUGAAUCGCACAAAGGAAAGUCUCGCAGAGAUUAUGGAGAAGCGACAAGAAUUUAUCAAUCAGUUGGACGAGGCCAUGCAGGAGGAUAUACUGGGGCUCAAGGAGGAUAUACACGAAGUAGCCGUUGAAGCCCUUGAGAAUUGGCUGCUGAUGAGCAAUUCCGAUCGCAAUGCAGUGAAUGACAAGUUAGAUGAGCUCUUGAACCGCAUGAAUGUAUGCCGUGAAAGAGCCGACGAGCUGAUUGGCUAUCAAAAAGAGUUUAGAAUCGAUCUGACCAUGUACGACGAAAUGUCCUCGGGAUUCUACGACAUACGCAUGCGACAGAAUCUUUACAAAACCCUCAUCGACUGGGAGGAAUCAUUGUCGAGCUGGUUGGCCGCGGACUUUAAUACGCUUGUUGUGGCCGAUAUGAUCGAUUUGAAUGCCAGAACCAUAAAGAAUUGCUUGCAGUUCCAGAAAUAUUUGCCCGACAAUGAUAUUGUGCCAGUGCUGCACAAAUCUGCUGAGGAAUUCAAAGACAAACUGCCCGUUCUUGGAUAUUUAAGGAAUCCGAAUUUGCGUGCGCGUCACUGGACCGAGAUUGAGGAGUUGUUGGCUAGAAAAUUCUUCCAGGAGAAGGACAUAAGGAUUAACACCUACGAAGAGUCGCAUGCCUUCGAUGAUGAGAGCAAUGCAGAAGCUCUAAUGCAAAUAUCCUCCCAGGCAACAGGCGAAACACAGCUCGAAAAUAUGCUCAAGGGCAUCGAAACCAUAUGGAAGGAGACCGAACUGGCCAUUGCCAUGCAUCACGAUCAGAAGGACGUCUUCAUACUGGCCGGCACCGAAGAGUUGCAGGCCGUGCUGGACGAUGCUAAUGUCAAUAUCAACACCAUAGCUGCAUCCAAGUUUGUGGGACCCAUAAAGACGCGCGUAGAUGAAUGGAUUGCGGCACUAGAUCAAUUCGGCAAGACCUUUGAGGCAUGGAUGGAUUGCCAGGGCGCCUGGAUCUAUCUGGAGGCGAUCUUUGCCUCGGCGGACAUACAGCGUCAGCUACCCCACGAGGCAAAGAUGUUCAAUCAGGUGGACAAGAACUUCAAAGAGAUUGUGCGACAGGCGAAAAAAGUCGCUCUGGCUCUGCCCACCAUGUCCAGCGUGGAGGUCUACGAUAUGCUCAGGGAAGACAACCGAUUGUUAGAUUUGAUAUCACGCGGCCUCGAAGCCUAUUUGGAAGUCAAGCGUGUGGUUUUCCCCAGAUUCUACUUUCUAUCCAAUGAUGAGUUGCUGGAGAUAUUGGCACAAACACGUGUGCCUCAGGCUGUGCAGCCGCAUCUGCGCAAAUGCUUCGAUGCCAUCUAUCGCCUUGAGUUUGGUCAGAAAGAGGGCGGCGAUGGCAAAAUGAUACCUACCAAUGAUAUCAUUGCCUUCCUAUCGCCUGAGGGAGAGAAAUUGCAAUUUGGCAAAGGACUCAAAGCACGCGGUGCAGUCGAGGAAUGGCUCAGCAAAGUGGAGGAUGCCAUGUUUGUAUCCUGCAAGCGAUACAUGCGCUUUGGCUAUCAAUGCUAUGCGGCCAAGGAGCGUGACGAAUGGUUCCAGGAUCAUCCCAAUCAGGUCGUAAUUACCGUCUCGCAGGUGUACUGGGCAACCGAUAUUCAUCGCAUCUUCGACGUCAAGGAGAAAACCCAAAUGGGCGUUAUCGAGAAGAUGACCAAGUUCGAGGCGAAAUGCCUGCAAGAUUUGGGCGCACUUGCGGCGCUAACACGAAAAAAUAUUAGCUCACUGCUAAGAAAAAUACUUUGUGCUCUGAUUACCAUCGAUGUGCAUGCCAAGGAUUCGGUGCACAUGCUCAUCGAGAAGGGUGUCUACAACUCCACCGACUUCAACUGGCUAAAGAUGCUGCGCUUCUAUUGGGCCAUCGAAUCGGAGACGGUUUAUUCCCGCAUGGCCGCUGCCAACAUACCGUAUUACUACGAAUAUCUGGGAGCUGGUGGAGUGCUGGUGCUUACGCCUCUGACUGAUCGCUGUUACCUCUGCCUGAUGGGCGCCUUCCAGAUGGACUUGGGUGGAGCACCCGCUGGACCUGCGGGGACGGGCAAAACAGAGACCACCAAGGAUUUGGCUAAGGCGUUGGCCAAACAAUGUGUUGUGUUCAAUUGCUCAGAUGGACUCGACUACAAGAUGAUGGGACGUUUCUUUUCGGGUUUGGCACAAUGCGGUGCCUGGUGCUGUUUCGAUGAGUUCAAUCGCAUUGAUAUCGAGGUGCUGUCUGUGAUUGCCCAACAACUGAUCACCAUACGUACAGCUAAGGUGAUGAAGGUAAAGAGGUUUGUCUUUGAGGGUCGCGAAAUUAAGAUCAACCAUUCGUGCUGUGUAUUUAUCACAAUGAAUCCAGGAUAUGCAGGUCGUACCGAGCUGCCCGACAAUCUGAAGGCACUGUUUCGACCCAUAUCGAUGAUGGUGCCAGAUUAUGCGCUCAUCUCCGAGGUGAUUCUUUACUCAGAGGGCUUCGAGGAUCCCAAGAUCUUGGCACGCAAAAUGGUGCAAAUGUAUCAGUUGUGCAGUCAACAGCUAAGCCAACAGAAUCAUUAUGAUUUUGGUAUGCGUGCCGUCAAAUCGGUGCUGGUCAUGGCCGGUGCCCUGAAGCGUGCGUCGCCCAAACAACGCGAGGAUAUCACCCUGAUUGCUGCACUGCGUGACUCGAAUAUACCAAAAUUCUUGGCCGACGAUGCGAUACUCUUUCGCGGCAUACUCAGCGAUCUGUUUCCGGGCGUCGAUCUGCCGGAUUCGCAGCAUCCCCACCUGGAGGCAAGUCUGCGCUUGGGUCUGCGGCAAAAGAGUCUUCAACCGGUGCCGACAACGAUACGCAAGUGUCUGCAGCUCUACGAGACAAUGUGUGUGCGUUGGGGUGUCAUGACUGUGGGUCCCACAGGCGGUGGCAAGUCGGUCGUUCUGCAUGCCUUAGAAUUUGCCUUGGCGCAUCUUUUUGAAAGCGAGGUACAGGAUCCUAAUUUCCGUCCUGUUGUCAUACAAACCAUGAAUCCAAAGGCAGUCAAUAUGAAUGAACUUUACGGCUAUGUGGACCCCAAGACGCUGGAGUGGCAGGACGGACUGCUCGGUCUGGCAGUGCGCACUGCGGUCAAUGUAGAGGAUGAGAUUCAUCAGUGGAUCAUGUGCGAUGGUCCCGUGGAUGCCGUGUGGAUUGAGAACUUGAACACGGUGCUCGACGAUAACAAGAUGCUUUGUCUGGCCAACUCGGAACGCAUCAAGCUAACCGCCUGGAUACACAUGCUCUUCGAGGUGCAGGAUCUGCUGCAAGCCUCUCCAGCCACCGUCUCACGUUGUGGCAUGGUCUAUGUGGAUCCCGGGGACCUUGGCUGGAUACCUUUGGUGGAUACGUGGCGGGAGCUGGACAUGUCACACAAAUUGCCGCCAAAGUUGGCUGAAUUUCUCUAUCAAUUGUUCAUUGGUUACUUUGAGAAGGCAUUGAAGAUCGAACGCAAACGUGCCUCCUACACAAUACAUCAAGUGUUGGGCUCCAAGGUGCGUUUGUGCUGUGCUCUCAUCUCAUCACAGUUGGAAGUGACACGCUGGUCGACCUUGCCUGAAGAGGAGGCCAAGAAUUUGAUAACCAAAAUAUUUACAUGGUGUGUGCUCUGGGCACUUGCCUCAAAUUUGCGAGAUGCGGAGAAACUAUCCUUUGAGGACUUUUGGGGCCGAGCCAUGGCCGUUCAUCCAAAUAUGGACAUGCCGGAGCGAUCCAUGUGGAACUAUCGCGUAAACCUGGAGACCAACGAUUGGGGCAACUGGAACGAAAUUAUGCCAAAGUUUAUCUAUAGCUCCGAGGUGUCCUACUACGAUAUGCAGGUGCCCACCGUGGAUACCACUAAAUAUGGUUAUGUAGCAGAUUUGCUCUUCAAGCGCGAUUUUCCGGUCAUGUUCACCGGUGAAACAGGCGUGGGCAAAACCGUGCUCGCCGUCAGCUGCAUGAAACGUCUGUCCGAAGGCAAAGUAAUUCCGAUUGUGCUCAACUUUUCGGCCCAAACGAGCAGCUUGCGCACCCAGGAGAUGAUUGAGGGACCGCUGGAGAAGCGCAAGCGGACCCAACUCGGUGCCCCAGUGGGCAAGACCGUCAUCAUAUUCAUUGACGAUGUGAACAUGCCCAAAUUGGACACGUACGGCAGUCAACCGGCAAUCGAGCUGCUCAGACAAUUCCUGGACUUUAAGGGCUUCUAUGAUCGCGAGAAACUCUUCUGGAAGGACAUACUCGAUGUGGUACUAGGCUGCGCAUGUGCACCUCCAGGAGGUGGUCGCAAUCCACUCACGCCGCGCUUUGUGCGCCACUUUGCGCUCUUCUCGCUGCCCAAACCCAAUGAGGAGACGCUCACACAGAUCUUCAACGGCAUUCUCUUCGGCUUUCUAGAGACAUUCUCCUCGGCCAUUCGCUCGCUCUCCGAGCCCAUGGUGCACGCCUGUGUCGAUGUCUAUAUGCGUGUGGCCAAGGUAAUGCUGCCCACGCCGGAUCGAUCGCAUUACAUAUUCAACUUGCGCGAUCUGUCCAAGUGCAUACAGGGCAUAUUGCAGGCAAACAACAUGUACUACAACAUGGAGAAUCAGAUAUUGCGUUUAUUCUAUCACGAGACAACACGCGUCUUUCACGAUCGCCUCAUCAAUGCGGAGGACAAGGCGAUCUUCAAGACGCUGAUGAACGAUGUAUGUCGCGAUCACUUCAAUCGCGAUGUUGUGCAGCCCGACGAACCCGAAGUGCUCUUCGGUGACUUCAUGAUAUUUGGCAAGCCGAAGAACGAGCGUGUGUACGACGAGAUCAGGGAUCAGAGUAAGCUGGAAAGCGUGCUCAACGAUUACAUUGUCGAUUACAAUUCGAUGGCCGUGGGCAAGCAAAUGAAAUUGAUUCUAUUCCAAGAUGCCAUGGAGCAUACGGUGCGUUUAGCCCGCCUCCUGCGCAGCGAUCGUGGCAAUGGUCUGCUAGUGGGCGUGGCCGGCAUGGGUAAACAGUCCCUGACCCGACUGGCGUCCCAUGUCAACGAGUACAAUUGCUGGCAAAUCGAAAUGCGACGCAACUACGAUCUGAAUGCCUUCCACGAGGAUUUGCGAGUGCUCUAUCGCAUCGGCGGGAUUGAUAACCAGCCAGUGACAUUUCUGCUUAUCGACAGCCAGAUUGUGGAGGAGGAGUUUCUCGAGGAUAUUAACAAUAUUUUAAACUCGGGCGAAGUGCCCAAUCUCUUCGAGGGCGACGAGUACGAAAAGGUUAUUCUUGACGCUCGCGAUGCGUGUAAUGCCAGCAAAAAAAGUCAGGGUUGUCAACGCGAUGAUAUCUACAAGUUCUUCAUCAACCGUGUGCGCAACAAUCUCCACGUAGUCAUGUCGAUGAGUCCCGUGGGCGAUGCCUUCCGCCGGCGUUGUCGCAUGUUCCCCUCUCUGGUCAAUUGCACCACCAUCGAUUGGUUCACCAGCUGGCCCACCGAGGCCCUUUACUCCGUUGCCCUUGGACUGCUCACGAAGAUUGCCCCCCAAAUGAACGAACGCGUCUCGCUGGCCAGCACCACAGUCUUUAUGCACAAGACUGUUGAGGAUGCCUCGGUGCGUUUCUACAAGGAGAUGAAGCGGCAUUACUAUACCACGCCCAGCAGUUAUUUGGAGCUGCUGAAGCUCUAUCAGAGUCUGUUGAAGGUCAAGACUCAGGAGAUUAUUGCCAAGCGUAAGCGCAUUGCCAGCGGUCUCAAUAAGCUGUUGGAGACCAAUGAAGUGAUUGCAGUCAUGCAGAAGGAAUUGGAGGUAAUGGUGCCACAGCUGGAUGAAAAAUCGGCCAUGAUGAAGGCGCUCGUGGAUAAUUUGACAAAGGAAACGAAACAGGCCGAUGCUGUCAAGCAAGGCGUCAUGGAGGACGAGGCGAAUGCCAAGGAGAAGGCAGCCAUUGCUCAGGCCAUCUCCGAAGAUGCCAGCAAAGAUCUCGAGAUCGCAAUGCCAGCACUACGCGAAUCCGAGGAAGCGCUCAAAGGUCUCACCAAGGCAGAUAUCAACGAGCUAAAAUCCUUUACCACGCCGCCAGCUUUAGUGCAGUUUUGCAUGGAGGCCGUUUGCAUUCUGCUGGGUGCCAAACCCACAUGGGCGUCAGCCAAAGCUAUUAUGGCUGACAUCAAUUUCAUUAAGCGACUCUUUGAAUACGACAAGGAGCACAUGAAGGAAGACGUGCUUAAGAAGGUCAAGAAAUACAUUGACCACAAGGACUUUGUGCCAGCUAAAUUCGAGAAAGUCUCCAAGGUAGCCAAAUCAGUGAGCAUGUGGGUGAUUGCCAUGGACAAAUUCUCCAAGGUCUACAAAGUUGUAGAGCCAAAGAUCAAGCGCAAGGAAGCCGCCGAGGCGGAACUCAAGGAUGUGAUGAAGGUGCUGCGGCAAAAGCAAAAGGAACUUGCUGCGGUCGAGGCAAAAAUUCAAUCGUUGCGCGACAGCCUCGAGGAGAAGCAACGUGAAUUCCAGGUGAUACAGGACAAUGUGGAUCUCACAUAUGGGCGCAUCAAUCGAGCUGGGCGCUUAACUUCUGCGCUGGCCGAUGAACAGAUUCGUUGGCGCGAUACUGUUAAAUCGCUGACCGCUGACUUGGCCUGUGUGCCAGGCGAUGUCCUUGUGGCAGCUGCCUGUGUCGCCUACUUGGGCGCAUUCUCCAAUGAAUACCGUCGCGAUAUGAGUCAGCAUUGGGUCGACAAGUGUCGCGAAUACAACAUACCAUCGAGCAAGGAGUUCAAUCUGCUCAAGGUGCUGGGCGAUGCGUACGAGAUGCGACAAUGGAAUGUCGAUGGCCUGCCCAAGGAUAACAUAUCGAUUGAGAAUGGCAUUUAUGCCACACGCGCCCUGCGCUGGGCUCUCAUGAUCGAUCCGCAGGAGCAGGCGAAUCGUUGGAUACGCAACAUGGAGAAGGCCAACAAUUUGCAAGUGAUCAAAAUGACAGACUCAUCGAUGAUGCGUGUCCUCGAGAACAGUGUGCGUCAGGGCUAUCCCGUAUUGCUCGAAGAGCUAGAUGAGACCAUCGAUCCCUCGCUACGUCCCAUUCUGCAGCGGGAGACGUACAAAUCGGAGGGUCGCAUCUAUUUGAAGUUGGGCGAUCAGGUCAUCGAUUAUGAUAAUAACUUUAAGCUCUACAUGACAACCAAGUUACCCAAUCCGCAUUAUUUGCCCGAGGUGUGCAUCAAUGUAACACUCGUCAAUUUCCUAGUCACCGAAAGUGGCCUAGAGGAUCAGCUGUUGGCCGAUAUUGUUGCUAUUGAGCUACCCGCCAUGGAGGCGCAACGCAAUGAUCUGGUUGUCAAAAUAAACGCGGACAAACAGCAGUUGCUGUCGCUGGAGGACAAGGUGCUAAAGUUGCUCUUCAACUCCGAGGGCAAUAUACUGGACGAUGAGGAGCUCGUUGAAACGUUAAACGAUGCCAAGGAAACUUCUCUGAUCAUUGCCGCUCGUCUGAUUGAUACCGAGGAGACGGAGAAGAUAAUUACAGCGUCGCGAGAACGUUAUCGAAUUCUGUCGUCACGUGGUGCAAUUCUCUACUUUGUUGUCGCCGGCCUCGCGGAGAUUGAUCCCAUGUAUCAGUACAGUCUCAAGUAUUUCACACAGGUCUUUUGCAAUGUCCUGCGACUCGAUCAUCCGGUCAUGGCCGUUGAUGUGCGCAUCUCCACACUAAUGGUGGACGAACUGAAGGCCAUCUACGAUAAUAUUUCGCGUGGUCUCUUCGAGAAUCACAAGCUCAUCUUUAGCUUUCUGCUGGCGCUGUCGGUGGAGCGUCAGGAGGGACGCGUCUCAGCCGAAGAAUUUGGUUUUCUCACCCGCGGCGCUGUCGGCACAGUGCGUGCAAAAGCGAUGCCUACGAAUCUCAAGCUCAGCCAAAUGGAAUGGGAUGCUGCCAUCUUUUUGGAGGACAAUUUUAAGGACACCUUUGCGGGCUUCACCAAUGAAAUGGACAAGCCCUUCUUCCUUCAGUUGCAAGACAACAAGGAGAUCUUUGACUUUGCCCGAACGAAAGCGGAGCCCACCGACAAAUGGGACAAGCGUUUGCGCAUCUUCCACAAACUCAUGUUUAUUGCCACUUUCCGCAAGCCACGUUUCCUCCUCAAUGUGGUCAGCUAUCUGCAUGCCACCGUGGGCAAGUAUUUCACCGAGGCAUCUGCUGGUGGCACACAACUGAGCACAGUCUAUCUGGACACUUCGUCUGUGACGCCGCUGAUCUUUGUGUUAUCUACGGGAUCCGAUCCCAUGUCGGGUUUCCUCAAGUUCACCAACGAAAUGAAGUUCACGGACAAGUACUACUCGAUAUCGUUGGGUCAGGGCCAGGGACCGCUAGCCGAGAGCUUAAUCGACAAGAGUCUGCGCAUGGGUCACUGGGUGUUUUUGCAAAACUGUCACUUGGCCACCUCCUGGAUGCGAGUGCUCGAAACAAUUGUGCGCAAUUUGACACUGGGAAUAACCAAAGCGAAUCCCGAGUUCCGCUUGUAUUUGUCAUCGAUGCCUACGCAAUCAUUUCCCAUCAGCGUGCUGCAGAAUUCGGUGAAGAUCACAAACGAACCGCCCAAGGGCAUCAAGGCGAAUGUGAUUGGUGCGCUGAGUGACCUGAAAGUCGAAUUCUUCGAGGAGCACAUUCAGACCAACAAAUGGCGUGCGAUUGUCUUUGGCCUCUGUAUGUUUCAUGCCGUCCUCUUGGAGCGUCGCAAGUUCGGUCCACUGGGCUGGAACAUUACGUACGAAUUCAAUGAGAGCGAUCGUGAGUGCGGCCUGAAGACACUCGAUUUCUUUAUCAAUCGUCAGGUGAUGGAGUCAAUACCCUGGGAGGCCAUACUCUAUAUCAAUGGCGAGAUCACUUGGGGAGGUCGUGUCACUGACUAUUGGGAUCUGCGCUGUCUGCGCACAAUCCUAACGAUCUUCUCGUCGGAACGGAUCAUUCAACCGGAUUACAAAUAUUGUCGUGGGGACUCGUACUAUCGUGAUCCACAGGGCGCCACGCUUAAGGAGUAUGCGACAUUUGUCCAAGGUUUCCCAGUGCUCGAGGAUCCCGAAAUCUUUGGCAUGAAUCAAAAUGCAAACAUUGUGUUCCAGACCAAGGAGACUGAGUUCUUUAUUAGCACACUGCUGCUAGGCCAGCCGCGCUCCUCGGCGGACGAAGGUCAGGCUAUGGAGAACGAGCUGUGCCAGCAAAUAAUUGAGCGCAUUCAAUCGGUGCUCACCUACAAAAUCCAACGAGAGCCCAUCCACGACACACUCACAGUGCUGGACAGCAAGGGACAGAUGCCUUCGUUGACCACUGUGCUGGUGCAGGAGAUCGAUCGCUUCAACAUUGCAUUGGGCAUCAUUCACGACAGUCUCGCCAAUCUGGCUAAGGCCAUCAAGGGUCUCGUUGUUAUGUCGGAGGAUCUAGAGAUGGUAUUUCGCGCCCUCCUUGCCAAUCUGGUGCCUGCGAUGUGGGCAAAGCGUAGUUUCCUCUCCAUCAAGCCGCUGCCCAACUACAUUGUGGACUUUCAGCGACGCAUCGAUUUCAUUCAACACUGGGCCGAGAAUGGCGCACCACGAUCGUAUUGGAUCAGUGGCUUCUUCUUUCCGCAAUCCUUCCUCACCGGCGUGCUGCAAACAUACGCGCGACGUCGUGUGCUGCCCAUUGACUCGUUGAAAAUCGAUUUCCAGGUCAUCGAAAUGGAGCUAACGCAACAGGAUUUCUUUGAGCUGCACAACGCCAAUCACAGUGAUCAACGUCUCUAUGGCAAUUUGGAGGAGUGCACCGAUGCCCUGAUUAAUGUGCAUGGCAUUUUUGUGGAAGCUGCUCGCUGGGAUCUCACCAAGGGCGGUCUCUGCGACGCCAAGUUCGGUGAGCUCUACACACGCAUGCCUGUCGUCCGCUUCAUGCCCUGCCUGGAGGUCAGUCCCAUUUUGCGCUACGAAGCGCCGCUCUAUAAGACCCAGCAACGUUCGGGCGUUCUCUCCACCACGGGACACUCGACGAACUUUGUGCUCUCGAUUCUGUUGCGCAGCAAGAACGAUCCCGAAUUCUGGAUAAUGCGUGGCACGGCGCUCGUUUGUGCGGUGCUCGAGAAUGUCUCCUAAACUUCAGAGAACAUCUCGAAAAAAAAGUUGCAUGUUUGGUAGUUAAUAUUUAUUUUCGUACAAUUCAUUUCAAUUCUGUGUCGGGGCUACGCCGCUAAGACAAUUUAAUCGUAAUAUAUGUAUGUAUGGUA